AUCACUGAGACCCCUAGUGGAAAACAGCUAAUUCUUUCUAAGCCGCCCAAAGCGGGGUUGCGCCCUGGCCUCCAGGGCCGAGGUGGGCCUGCUCACUGGAAGAUCGCACCGCAGCCAUGAGCAGUAAGGAUUUCUUCGCUUGUGGACACUCUGGCCAUUGGGCUCGGGGAUGCCCUAGAGGAGGAGCUGGAGGGCGAGGAGGUGGAGGCCAUGGCAGAGGUUCUCAAUGUGGUUCCACCACCCUAUCUUACACCUGUUACUGCUGUGGUGAGUCCAGUCGUCAUGCUAAGAACUGUGUCCUUCUCGGAAACAUCUGCUACAACUGUGGGAGAAGCGGCCACAUCGCCAAAGACUGUAAGGAACCUAAACGAGAGAGACACCAACACUGUUAUACCUGCGGCAGACUAGGACAUCUGGCUCGUGACUGUGAUCGUCAGAAAGAGCAGAAAUGCUACUCUUGCGGCAAACUUGGGCACAUUCAGAAAGACUGCGCCCAGGUCAAGUGUUACCGAUGCGGCGAGAUUGGCCACGUGGCCAUUAAUUGCAGCAAGGCGAGCCAGGUCAACUGCUACCGCUGCGGCAAAUCCGGACAUCUAGCCAGGGAAUGUCCCAGUGAGGUUACCGCUUAAAUCUCCGCGCCCUCCCCCACCCCGCCUCCUUUUGCUGAUUGAUAAUUGUAUUAUUUUCUCUGAAACCUUCACUCACCGAAAGGUUGAUAGAUUGAGGCUACUCUCAGGCAAGUGAACUUUAAUUACCAUGUUAAAGGAGGAAAGAGCUAGAAAAAAAAAAACUCAAAAAAAGUUAAUCGUUGGUAGAUGCCCCCACAAUUAAUGUGUUGCUUCUGCCCCACGGGCAAAUCUAGUUAUUAAAUAGUCAUUCUGAGCACCAAUCA